AUGAACAUCCUAUAUAUAGAUGGUGUUGUUUGCAUAGAUGGUGUUGUUUCUGCGGUUCUAUCUUUAUUUCAAAACGUUACAGGCAAGCGACCUCGGUAUAAGGUUGAUGGAGGAUCAAACGUUGAGAAUCUUGGGUUGCAGAACAUUCAAGCCAGGAUGAGAAUGGUGUUAGCAUUUAUGUUAGCAUCUCUCUUGCCUUGGGUUCAUAGCAAACCCGGUUUCUACCUUGUUCUUGGCAGUACUUCCAACGUUCAUGAAGGACUGCGUGGUUACCUAACAAAGUUUUUAUACAACAGCAAGUGGCCAUAUCAGUUUAAGAAGAUUGAUGAGAUUGUUGACGGCUUAAAUGGUGACUCAGUUGCUUUUCCGGAAGAAGAAGCAAGUUCCAGCAAAGAAGUUGGAGUCGUAGCAGCAAAUUCCAGUGACCCAAGUGCAGGUCGCUGA